UUGGGGAGAAGAAAAGAAAUCUCUCCUUAUCUAUUAGGCAAGACCUGUUUCUCUCUCUACCAGUCUGCCUGUUCCUCUUCUUCCUAUAACCUUUACAAGUUACAUAUGUCUCUCUAUAUAAAGGUAACGAGUAGGAGUGGGUUUUCAUAAAUUGACAACUCUUCUUCUUCCUAUUCCUCUUCUUGUGGGAAGGCGAUCGAAGCGGUUUACGGCUACGCAUUUGGUGCGUCGAGGCGUUCAGCCCUAGAAUUCUCUCUCUCUCUCAUAAUUCUACUAAUUAUUUCUUCGAUUCUCAUAGUCUCGAACAUCUCGAUCAUUUUAUUAGAGCUAUUUCUCUUCUUCUCUCCGUAGAUAGGGUUAGGGUUUUGCUUCUUUCGUCUUCUUCAUUUCGCUGUUAAAGUUUCUGCGGCUUACUGGAACGGUCCAUCGAUAACGUUCUUGGAAAAUGUCUGACUUGGUGAUCAAGGUGAAGUAUGGUAAUACGCUUAGACGCUAUUCUGUGGAUGCAAAGGAAGAUGCCUCUGUUGAUCUCAACAUGGCCCUUUUGAGAGUGAAGAUCCUUAGCCUCUUUAAGUUUUCUCCUGAUGCUGAUCUUAGCCUCACAUAUAUCGAUGAGGACGAAGAUGUUGUAACGCUUGUAGAUGAUGAUGACCUGCGUGAUGCCAUUAAGCAGUGCCUCAAUCCACUGAGAAUUAAUGUACUGCUGAAUAGUACUAGAGCUGGAAGAUAUGACACGAGAUCUAGUGGAAGUUCUACCCCCAUGAGAUCACCUCUUAUCCAGGGUCCUUCAUUCUCACACGUCAAUUCUGGUGUUACUGAAGUCCUCAAAUCUGUGCCAGAGCCAUUCCGUGAUGCACUUUCAAAGCUCUCUUAUGAUUUGGCUGCAAAGGCUGCAUCGUCAGCUCCAGUACUGACCGAGCUUGUUGAGUCUUUGUCGAAAUUAGGACUCAACCCCAUUAAUUCAGUUUCUCAGUGUAAUGAUGGUGCAAUUUCAACUACAGAGGGUGGGGCUUCUGAGAACCCAGUUGGCUUCGAAGUGACUGAAGGUCCAGAAUCAUCAAAAGAAUCAGUACAUUUGCAGUAUGUUAAUGCUGCCAACACAACAUCAGCGGAUGACAAAAAAGUGUCUGAUAGUUGUAAUGUUAAUAGGGGUGUGGGGACCUCAGCUCCUAAAACUAAAACUGCUACUUCUGUGGUGGAUCUUAAUCAGUAUCCAAGAGAUUCCAUAGCACCAAUAUUUUCUGCCACUGGUUUCAAGGUUCCUACAGCUUUUGGACAUAAUGAUAUCAGUGUCAAUGAAAAGGACAUACAGAAGGGAUGCAAUGUUGAUCUCAUUGGUAACUCAGUUGCUUCCAGAACAUCAUUUUGCACACCUGGUCAUUUGAUGAAUAUUGGCCCCCACCAAUCACAAGCAUCAAACACAGCCAAGCUGCCAUUCUCAGCAAUUAGUACCCAAAGAGGUACCAGUGUCGUGGGUGGAGAUAGCAACAAGCAAAUUCCCACUGAUUUUGAGCAUCCUCCCAUAUCACAGGAUGGAUUCAAUCCCCAGAGCAAAUGUCCAUUCAGUGGGCUGGCUGUUGUAGAUUCCUAUGAUGAUAUGCCUUCUGGUGGUUCUCAUCGUUUUCACCCUUCGAAAAGAAGCUACAACCAUUCUGAUAGCAUGGGCAGAAUAUUCCACAAGGGAGUUGGGUGCGAUGGUUGUGGGGUCCAUCCAAUAACAGGCCCUCGGUUUAAGUCGAAAGUGAAAGAAAAUUACGACCUUUGCAGCAUCUGCUACUCAGAAAUGGGCAAUGAGGCUGAAUAUAUUAGAUUGGACCGUCCAAUACCAUUCCGGCCUGGGCGGUUAAGAGGGUUUUUUCAUCGUUGUCCAACCACAUCACAACCACCCAUGUUGCAAGGUGGUGGAGUGAAACCACAUCGAACAAAGUUCGAAAAUCGCUUCAUUUCACUUCGACCAAAGUUUGAUAGUUGCUUCGUUCAAGAUGUGAAUGUCAUUGAUGGAACUAUGAUGACCCCAGGAACUCCAUUUACUAAGAUAUGGCGGAUGCGGAACAAUGGUACUAUGGUGUGGCUCCCUUCAACACAGCUCGUGUGGAUUGGGGGGGACAAGUUCACAGAUAAAGUUUCUGUGGAGUUGGAGGUUCCAGACGAUGGCUUUCCUGUGGACAAGGAAAUUGAUAUUGCUGUUGAUUUUAGGGCUCCUCAAAACCCUGGUCGUUAUGUGUCAUAUUGGAGGAUGGCAACACCCUCAGGCCUAGAGUUUGGGCAGCGAGUUUGGGUCCUCAUCCAGGUUGAUAGUUCCCUUGAGGACUCUAUUGCUAGUAGUUUGCAUGGCUUGAACUUGAACUUGCCUCCUGAGAGCAAUGUGGCAAAAGGCCCUGGGAUUAUUGAUAUGAAUAUCGAGCCUGCAGAUAGUAGCCAUCAAGAGUCUGGCCGGUUUAACAUGGGAAAGGAAUUGGUAAAGCCUUUCGUAGACAAUCACCCAAGCAAAGACCGAGCACUUGAGUUCCCUGUAAAUGACAGCUUACUUGUUGGCAGCGGUGUUUCUGGUCCCGUCAAUCCAGAAGUACCUGCUUCAAUAUCAUAUCCAAUAAUUGAUCUCUCCGAAGGGCCUUCUGAACCUUCUCCAGUGAUGGAUAUGGAUACAUCAGCUGAAGAGACUUACACUAAUGUUGUUGAGAAAACCCUCCUGAAGGAGCUUGAAGAGAUGGGUUUCAAACAGAGUGAUUUGAACAAGGAAAUCUUGAGGAAGAACGAGUAUAACUUGCAGCAGUCUGUUGAUGAUCUCUGUGAUGUUGCAGAGUGGGAUCCAAUCCUUGUGGAGCUGCAGGAAAUGGGAUUCUGUGACAAAGAGACAAAUAAGAAAUUGCUGCUUAAGAAUGGUGGAAGCAUCAAGCAAGUUGUCCUGGAUCUUAUCGCUGGAGAGAAGAAGAGAGCUUAGAAACAUCUCCACCUGCUUCCUGAUGUAGAUAGUAGUUGGAAGGGUAUGGUGAAUAUCUUCUUUUGUCAAUGUUAAAACAAACUGGUAUAUAUCCUAGUUAUAUUUACUUUUUAACUCUGCAUGUAUUAGCAAACAUAUUUUGCUUAUCUAGUAAGAAGACAUUUAUGUAGUAAUAUAAUAGCCUGCCUUUUGGGCCUUGCAAAUAUGUGGAACAGUUGCAGUGAUGUGUUUAUAUACUUCCUCGGCUAUGUUUUUCUGGUU